AUGGAUGCAUGGCAAUCAAAGAAAAAGAAUGGACAGAAUAAGACUGUAACACUCAGACCAUCUAAGAUUUCUUCUCCACGACCCAUUGAGACGCUUGACGUUGUUAACUCUAGGCUGGCGGUUAGUUCUGAUGCUAUAGUGAAUUUGGAAGCAUCCGUACAUCAGAUGCGUCAAUAUGUUGUUCCAGUUAAAACUACACUCGACCCAACAAAACAUCAAGUGGUUGUGAUCAUGGAUAGUCCUACUCAAAAAUCAUGGGAUCAUUGUGAAAGAAUAAAUGAGUUUGAUCCAAGGGAGGAUCUAAUGAUCGAGAACAACAAUCUCAGUACGAGGAGAAGUCCUUUUCCUGAGAAACCGGAAGCUAGGUGGCGAAGUGAUGGUGGUCCAACUGAAGAUGACCAAGCCAUGGAUGAAACCGUGGCCUUGAGAUCUACAGUCCCUAGUAGCCUUUAA